AUGGCCCUUUUUCCUCGAGCAAACGACGCUCUCAACAUCAACCCACCGACCGGAGUCGACCUGUCUUUAUCCGUCCAUGGAUCCGACUGGCUCUGGGCUGUAACCGCGAUCUACAUCCUCUCAUUCUUUGUAUGCCUAGUCCCCUCCUUCACCGCCCCCGAAAGCAAACGAGUAUUCAACUACACCCUGUCAAUGGCACUCCUCGUCGGAUCCCUAACAUACUUCGCUCAAGCGUCCAAUCUUGGUUGGAGCUCCAUCUUACAAACCGAUAACCUCACCCGCCAAAUCUUCUACGCUCGCUAUAUAAACUGGGUCGUCUCUUUCCCAGCGCUUGUCCUAUCUCUAGGUCUAUUAUCAGGGGUCUCAUGGACCACUGUUAUUCUCAACAUCUUCAUCGCAUGGUUCUGGAUCCUCAGUUACCUUGCUGCUGCUUAUACCACCACCAGCUACAAAUGGGGAUUCUUCGCUUUCGGAACCUUCGCGUAUAUCAUCCUCGUUAUGAGCACCCUGAAUGAGAGUCGCGAGUCGGCACAAGUUAUUGGAAUUUCUCGGGAUUACAUGAUCUUAGCAAGUUGGACCAACUUAUUGUGGCUGCUGUAUCCUAUUGCGUUUGGGUUGAGUGAUGGAGGCAAUGUUAUCGGUGUCGCAGAGGCUGCGAUCUUCUUUGGUGUUCUGGAUGUGCUUUUGUUGCCGGUGGUUAGCGUUGGGUUCUUGGUUCUGUCUCGUGGCUGGGAUUUCGAGAAGUUGCAGCUUGACUUUAGUGAGUAUCGAGGUUUAAGACAUGGCCAAGCUUCGGAGGAGGAGGGUGCUCUGGCUACGGGUGGGAAGAAGACGAGAGAAAGUGGGGAAGCGUAAAGAUGCUUUCUCUCAAGGUAGCUAGAACUUGCACCUUCCCCGAUUUCGUUGAGUUUGGUGGAGGUACACACCUCUACGAUGAGGAUUGAGCAGAUGGUUAGAUGGGGUUAUGCGAGAGUGAGUUGCGUACUAAUCACUGUGGUCAAGUUUCCUUUGUGUUUUUAUUCUUCAACUUUCUUUACUUCUAGAGGAUGCUUGUUUGUGUUUGAGAUGGCG